GGUGACCGUGGCCCAAAAGGUGUGAUAGGCAGAGAAGGGGUCUUUGGAAAGGAUGGAGAAAACGGGCUGGACGGGCCUCAGGGGUCUCUGGGGAUUCCAGGACCAAAGGGUCCUCUAGGCUAUAAAGGAGAAUCAGGCUCACCUGGAGAGAAAGGAGAAGAGGGUAUUGCUGGACCAGAGGGUCCAUGUGGAGAUAUGGGAAAAGGCGGAGAGAAAGGUUCAAAAGGAGCACCUGGCUCUCCUGGUACUGUCGGCCCUCCUGGUCCACAAGGAAUGAGAGGGAUGGAGGGCCCUGAAGGUCAUCCAGGGCCAGAUGGGGAUGAUGGGAUGGAGGGACCACCAGGUCUUCCAGGUCCACCA